AUGGGGAGGGUCCGGGCAGCUUUAAUAGUGUCCUUGGGACAAUGAUUACGGUUUCUUCAGCUGGUGUUUAUCAAGGGCCAACGAGGCCAGCCUCCGUGAAUGGAGCACGAGAAUGAUAGAGUCAGUCUGUCCCCUCAAGAAAUAUCGUUCAGUGAGGAGACAUACAGCGCAUAGGCGCACGAGUCUUUCACUUUGUGAUUGAGACCAAAAGGGAGCUAAUCCUCAGACGAAAAAGAGCCCUAGUCCUGGGGUUCUGGGCGCUGUAGCAAAUGGACUCCAAAUGGAGUUGAAGGGAGGGAGGAGUGGUCAAGCGGAGCCGAAAGGAGAGAGGGAACUACCUGUCCGAUAGGGCAGAAACGGGGAGAAAACUUGGUGACUUGAGCUUAGAGAAGGCCAUUGCGGCCGUAGCAGAAGAGGGAGGCAGGACCAAAUAUUACGGUAUGGAUCACCGUGACACAAAGUAGGCGCUUUAUCAUAAGAGCAGCAGAACGACUGCAUCUGAUGUACAUUUUGAAAGGCUCACUGUAACUGCGGGGGAAGACUGGAUUAUAGGAGGGCAGGAAUUGUGAGAAACCACUUAGGAGGCUACCGCUGUAGAUGAGCGGUGGCGACCUAGCCUACACAUGGGAGAGAAGUGGACGAACCAAAAGUAUAUUCAGGAGGUGAAAAUUCAGGACUUUACGGAUUUGAUAAAUCCUAUACAUUUAUGAAUUUAUAGGAUUUGAGUGACAGGUUGGGUACCCAACGAUGAUUCCAAGUUUCUGGCCUGAUAGAAUCCUGCUUAUCUGUGAAAUGCAGUUAACACAUCAGCUGGACCUAUUUCCUGAAUGCAGAGUGACCCUUCUGUUAUUUAAAGAUGUCAAAAAUGCAGGAGAUUUGAGAAGAAAGGCCAUGGAAGGGACCAUCGAUGGAUCACUGAUAAAUCCUACAGUGAUUGUCGAUCCAUUUCAGAUACUUGUGGCAGCAAACAAAGCAGUUCACCUCUACAAACUGGGAAAAAUGAAGACAAGAACUCUAUCUACUGAAAUUAUUUACAACCUUUCCCCAAAUAACAAUAUUUCAGAGGCUUUGAAAAAAUUUGGUAUCUCGGGAAAUGACACUUCAAUUCUAAUUGUUUACAUUGAAGAGGGAGAAAAACAGAUAAAUCAAGAAUACCUGAUAUCUCAAGUAGAAGGUCAUCAGGUUUCUCUGGAAAAUCUUCCUGAAAUAACAAAUAUUACAGAAGUCAAAAAGAUAUAUAAACUCUCUUCACAAGAAGAACGUAUUGGGACAUUAUUGGAUGGUAUCAUUUGUAGAAUGUCAACAAAAGAUGUUUUGUGAAAUGUCAAAAAUAUGAACAGAAGUUCUCAGCAUUAAAGAAAACAUUGAUUUUC